AUGUCCCGCCAAACACCCCGCAAAAAAGGGAAUCAACAGCAAUCGUCCUUGCCGCACCAACGCAACAAAUCCCAACAACAACAUCAACCUCAAAUUCUACUUGCACACAUCCACCACAGAGACAAUCCCCCCGACUACGGAUCCGAUACUGCAUCCUACAUGGCAUCUCACCCCGUAGCCUCGUCGGCAGGGCUCGCACAGCGUAGCAACACGGACCUCAACCUCAGCGUCCUCAAGCGCUACCUCCCGUCCAUCCAUGCCAUUCUGUCCAUCGCUGCCAAUGCCGUCGUCUACACAUACCAAAUCAACAACGAAGAGGGUACACAGGGCUGGGAGAAGUUCGGCGUCGAGGGCACCAUGUUUGUGUGCUCGCAGAACCGCAACAACACCCAGACGGGCACCGCCAGCACCACGUCACCCGGCGCCGAGGGCGUUGCCGCCUGGGACGGCAAGAAGGGCUGCGUCUUCAUCUUGAACAGACGCGGACUGGAGAACAUGGUGCUGGAUCUGGCCGAGGUCGAGAAUGUCGAAGCCACAGACGAACUGCUCAUUUUCCAGCUCGAGGACAAGGAAGGUCUGGCCAGCACGGCGCCGAGGGUCAUGGGCUUGUGGAUUCAUGCUGAUGAGGAGGCCACGAGGGCUACAAACACCGGCCUCAUACAGGAGAUGUGGAGGAAGGCAAGAGAGUCGUGA